UCCAGCUGUUUGAUGUGGGCACAGAAUGAACUCAACUUUUCACUGAAGUCACUUUAGAUUAAGUCAGAGGCCGAGGUGCCACUGGCAACUUUUGGACUGUCACAGCGGAUAUAGACCAACAGAUAACACCUGGAGUAUCUGUGGAACAUAUGCAGCGAUUUUUUUUAAAUAUUUCAUACAUAUUCAGAGACGCUCAGUCCCCUUCAAUGAUGUCUGCAGCAACUUAACGUGCCUCCGAGACUGCUGUUUAUCUGCAGAGCUCAUCUGGCCCUGUUCAAGAGCUCCUGUCAAGAACCUCCAUUUCCAGAGUGGGAAACGUGUCAGGUGUGAAGGAACAUCCUGCUCUUCUAUUUAUCAAAGGUCCUCGUAUCUGUAUUACGUGUUGAAACUGAAGAGGAGUUUUGUGAGUGAAAAUGGCGCCCGCCGUCGGUGGUCCUGUAGGCUACACACCUCCCGAGGGUGGUUGGGGAUGGAUGGUGGUAGCCGGAGCCUUCAUCUCUAUCGGCUUCUCCUAUGCAUUCCCCAAGUCCAUCACUGUCUUCUUCAAAGAGAUUGAGGCGAUCUUCGAUGUGACCAGCAGCCAGGUGUCCUGGAUCUCUUCCAUCAUGUUAGCGGUGAUGUACGGCGGAGGUCCCAUCAGUAGCAUCCUGGUUAAUAAAUAUGGGAGUCGUCCUGUCAUGAUGGCGGGAGGGUGCCUGUCUGGAUUGGGCCUCAUUGCUGCCUCUUUCUGCAAUACUGUCCAACAACUGUAUUUUUGUAUUGGUGUGGUGGGAGGUUUGGGAUUGGCUUUCAACCUCAACCCUGCCCUCACUAUGAUUGGAAAGUACUUCUUCCAUAAGCGGCCCAUUGCUAAUGGGAUCGCCAUGGCCGGCAGCCCCGUCGUUCUCUCCACCAUGGCUCCUAUCAACACCUGGCUUUUUGACAAGUUUGGCUGGAGAGGAAGUUUCUUGAUCUUGGGCGGCCUGCUCUUCAAUUGCUGUGUUGCCGGCUCCCUCAUGCGGCCCAUAGGACCAAAACCCAAACCUGCAGAGAAGAGCACGGAGAGGAGGACUGUAUCGUCUACCAUCAACAGCUUCAUCGACCUCUCUUUGUUCAAGCACCGAGGCUUUUUGCUUUACAUCAUUGGCAACAUUAUUAUGUUUUUCGGCCUCUUUGCGCCGCUGGUGUUCCUCAGUAAUUAUGCGAAGAGUAAAGACAUCCCCAAAGACAAGGCUGCUUUCUUACUGUCUGUGCUGGCUAUUGUGGACAUGAUCGCCCGCCCCUCAAUGGGCAUUGUGGCAAACACCAAGUGGGUCCGGCCCAGAAUACAGUACUUCUUCGCUGCCUCCGUGCUGUACAACGGCGUUUGCCACGUUCUAGCACCGAUAUCCACAGACUACAAGGGCUUUGUGAUUUAUGCCAUCUUCUUUGGGUUCGCCUUUGGCUGGCUGAGCUCGGUGCUGUUUGAGACCUUGAUGGACCUGGUGGGAGCCCAGCGCUUCUCCAGUGCUGUCGGGCUGGUCACUAUUGUGGAGUGUGGUCCUGUCUUGUUAGGACCCCCUUUGCUUGGGAAGUUCAAAGACGUCUAUCAUGAUUACAAAUACACGUACCAGGGCUGCGGGAUCCUCCUCAUCGUUUCCAGUUUCAUCUUGUUUGCAGGGAUGGGACUCAACUAUCACCUGUUGGCCAAAGAGAAGAAAGAGGAGGAGAGGAAGGCAAGGGUGGGAGGUAGAGAACAAAAGUCCAACAGGGACAUUGCUUCCAAGGAGAUGGCAGAAGCUAGGAACACAGAAGACACUGUCUAAUAUUCUGUACUAGGUUAGGUUACAUGUUUGUUCAAUUUAAUCUUGUCUGUGAGGCAUAUAUACACAAGUGUGUGUGUGUGUGUGUGCGUGUGUGUGUGUGUGUGUGUGUGGGUGUGAAGAACCGAUGGUUGAGUGAAACAGGACAUCGUUCUUCUUCUGUUUCAUGAUUAGUUGUUUUUGAAGACCACCACAGAAAAGCCUCAUCUGGAAUUUA